AUGCACGGCAUUGAGGCCUUGAUGAUGAAGGACGAGGACAGAGGCAAACUUCGCCCGGUGGACCGGCGAUGUCGCAACCUUUGGGACAAGCUCAUUGCCCCUCUGCUGACGUUGUCGAUUCUUGGGCGCCUGGAAAAUCGCCAGCCAGACCUGCUCAAAUACCUGCUGCACUGCCUACUCGGGCGGCGGGGGAUGGUCUACGGCGUGCUCGCCAGUGCGACGCCAUCGAAGAGAACGGGAACUUUGCCGACCUGGGAGACCAUCGCCAAGGUCAUCACGGAAAGCGACUCUUUGGAGUCUCGGGUGGAGGCUCUACGAAGCCUGGGGUUCCGCGGACCAAAGCCGCGGAAGUCUUGCUGGUCAGGUUCGGUGUGGGUGCGGGAUGAAUAUCCGCGAAAUCCGGACUCGGCACCAUGGGAGGGCUUCCAAUACGUGGACAGAGAGGACGCAGACGUACUGGGGCAGGGGGCCAAGCCCGUGUCACGUGUUCACUGGAGACGGCGACAGCUUGAGUUUGUGACUUUACGGCACCAUUGGUUUAUUCCCCAGCUCACUAUUAUAGGACCAGAUGACGGUAUGGUCCCCAGGUCAGGUUAG